AUGGAGAAGCACAUUUUCUUAUUGAUUCUUCUCUUUCUAGUUCAAUUUUCUGUAUCAUUUGCUAACUCAAAUGUGACAGACAAAGAAGCUUUACUAGCUUUCCGAAAUCUCAUUACAAGUCCUAUUCAUUUUUUGGCCAAUAAUUGGACCAACAAUACUUCUUUUUGCUCUUGGUUUGGUGUCAGUUGCAGUCCAAAAAGGCAAAGGGUUGUAGCCUUGGAUCUUUCUAGUUUGAAUCUUCAAGGUACAAUUUCCCCGUCUUUGGCUAAUUUGUCCUUUCUCGGAGAGCUUAAUCUUGGGAGCAACAACUUUCAUGGCGCCAUCCCUUAUGGCAUUGGCCACUUGCCUCGCUUGCGAGUGAUUGAUAUUCAAAACAAUCAGCUCCAAGGAAGUAUACCAACAAGCCUAUUUCAACACCAGAAAGUUCAAAAGAUUUCAUUGGCUUUCAAUAAGCUCAGUGGUGAAAUGUGGAAUGGUUCAUGGUAUGUACCAGAACUCAAGGUCUUGGAUCUCACCAACAAUAGUCUCACAGGCAUAAUCCCUCCUUCUAUUGGAAAUGCCACAAAAUUGAUGAACUUCAGCUUGCACAGUAAUAGAAUCAACGGCAACAUUCCAAAGGAGAUUGGUAAUCUUAGCCAACUUGCAGAGUUGUUCUUGGUUGAUAACCAAUUAACCGGUUCCAUUCCUGCAACACUGUUUAAUAUAUCGUCGCUACUUACCGCAUCUCUGGCACUCAAUAGCCUUUCUGGUCCUCUCUUGCUUGAUGAAGGGAAUAUUGUGUCAAAUCUGAAGCAUCUAAGUAUCUCUAAGAACCAAAUUUCUGGUAUCAUUCCUUCCAAUAUUUGCCAACUCAGAGAGCUCAAAGUGUUGUCCAUAUCUUACAACAAGAUAACUGGAGAUAUACCCAAAAAUAUUGAUUGUUUAGCUAAGCUCGAGGAGUUUUAUAUUGGAGUUAACACACUAAGUGGGACUUUUCCUGCUUCAUUGGGAAAUAUAUCCACUCUGCAAUAUCUGGAUUGUCCAAACAAUUGCAUAGGGGGGCAAGUUCCUCCAGAAUUAGGGAAGCUGUCAAACUUGAGGAUAUUACACCUUGGCCAGAAUUAUAAUAUUAUUGGUCAAAUUCCGAAGGCUAUAUUUAACAUAUCUUCUUUGGAAAUGAUUGGUUUCAAUUUGAACAACCUCUCAGGUAGAAUUCCAGCCACUACAGGUCUUCUUCUUCCGAACCUUGAAGAACUUUACUUGGGAGAAAAUCAGCUUGAAGGGGAAAUUCCUCUAUACAUCACAAAUUCUUCCAAGCUUGAGCUGCUGCAGCUAGAGAACAACUUUUUUACAGGCACUAUUCCUACUAAUUUAGGAAAUCUUCGUCAGCUGCGAACGCUGCUCCUAAAUCAUAAUCAACUUACCAAUGAACCAAGAGAGCAUGAGUUGCGAUUCUUCAAUUCCUUGGUGGACUGUAGGAUGUUGCAAUAUCUAGAUGUGAGUAAAAAUAAGUUGAAUGGUAUUUUGCCCGAUACUAUCGGAAAUCUUUCAUCUACUAUUGAACACUUUGGAAUAGUAUAUGCAUACAUCAAUGGCCCCAUCCCCACAGGUAUAGGCAACAUGAGUGGUCUAACAACUCUAGGCCUUAGUGGAAACAACUUGGUGGGAAGUAUCCCUUCUGAGAUUGGGACAUAUUCCAGAGGCAGUAUGUUGUUUAUCUAA